AUGAACGUGUCAUCAACAAAACUGAUUGAAUGUUCAACCAAGUCUUUUUCUCCAGAGUCUGUGCGGCUUGUGGAUGGAGCUGGUCUCUGCUCUGGGAGAGUGGAGGUGAAGUCCAAUCAGUCCUGGGUCUCAGUGUGUGACUUUGACCGGCAGGAUGCAGAGGUAGUCUGUGGGGAGCUUGGCUGUGAGGCUCCUGCAGCUCUACAGACCUGGGAUAAAGAGUUCCAGUGUAAAGGCAAAGAGUCCCUUCUCCUGGACUGUGACACCUCAGACAGAAAAAACAACACCUGUCUACCUGGUAAUGCUGUUGGACUCACCUGCUCAGAGCCUGAUGAUGUGAGGCUGGUGGGAGGAGGCAGUCGCUGUGCUGGUAGAGUGGAGAGGAACGACCAGGGAGAGUGGAGGACUGUGGGAGCUGUGGAGUGGGACAGGGCCAGUACACGUGUCGCUGCAGUAGUGUGUAGACAGCUGGGUUGUGGCUCCACUGUUUCAGUACUACCUGGAAGCACCACUAGAGUGUUUGGAGUUAUCUGUAAUGGGUCUGAGCCUGCACUGAGGGAGUGUGGGAGAACCUUUGCUCUCAGUUCUGGAUUCACAGUGAUCUGCUCAGGUAAUAACAAGAUAUACUGUGGUGGUUUCGGCGCCAAGAUCUUUGUAAGGCGGUUUACACAAACACACACCACCAGUCCAAAGCCCAUUUGA